AUUCAUCACAACAGUUCCCUCGACUUGAGCAACAUGUCUGCGCCCUGGACACAUGUGUAAACAAACAUGGAGACGAGAAUCACCUUGCACUAGGGUUAAUCUAAGUGUAACAUUUUGAAAUCAUCAACUUGUGUAUAGAAAACUUGUUCCGACAAUGGCCUUGCGGCUUUGCGAGACGUUUCUACGCAGAUCUGUGCGAUUUUCAACGAUCUGCAGACUGACAACAGCCCCAGAGCACGCGCCACUGGAUCUGCGUCGAUCAGGUCGCUCAGUUUUUGGUCCACAGACAGUAAGACAAUGUCUGUUUCACUGCACUCCGGCCAGUUUGGUGUCUUCGAGUGCUUUUUUGGACAGACUGCAGAAGGGGAGAGCGGUGGUGUCCGAUGAGGGUCUCUGUCAUCAUCAGCCUGUCUCUGUUCCCUCAGACAGCGCUCAUCAAUUUUCCUUAUUGCUGAAGGAUCCUGAUCAACCUGCAAAUGCUAAAUCUCUUAAAGUGACGAUAGUGGGUGCUCCCAAUGCAGGGAAAUCAACAUUGACCAAUCAACUGCUUGGUCGGAAGUUGUUUGCUGUUUCUGAGAAAGUGCACACAACAAGAUCACGUGCUGUUGGUGUCCUGACAGAGGAUGACACACAAAUCAUACUGUUGGAUACCCCUGGUCUCACCACACCAAUAAAGGCUAGAAGACAUCAACUGGAGGAUUCACUGCUGGUGGACCCUUUUGAGUCAAUAAAGGAAGCUGAUUUAGUGGUGGUACUAGUCGAUUUGUCUGAUAAAUGGACCCGCGAUAAACUGGACUAUGAAGUGCUGAAGUGUCUGGCCCUGAAUCCAGAUGUCCCUGCCAUCCUUGUCCUCAAUAAGGUAGAUCUACUGAAGAACAAAACACUUUUGCUAGACAUCACGGCACAGCUGACAGAAGGGGUGGUUAAUGGAAAGAAGAUCAGGAUCCGUGGCGCAGAGAAACCACGUGAGAAAUUAGCAGCCAAACGCCACAGCAGACAUGCCGAACAACCAGAGUCUGAGAGCGUGAAGGACGGGCUGUCUCAGGAGGGUCAGGACAAAGACAGGCUGAAGGCCCUGAAGAGCCGCAGGGGGUGGCACCUUUUUAAGGAUGUAUUCAUGUUAAGUUCCAUUGACAGAGAAGACGUGGAGACGUUGAAGAAGUACCUGUUUGAUGGUGCAAAGCCUGGCCAGUGGCAGUACCACAGUGAAGUACUGACUGACCAGGGUCCUGAGGAGAUGUGCAUCAACACUAUCAGAGAGAAACUUCUACAGCAUCUCCCGAAGGAGGUGCCAUACUGUAUGACACAGCAAAUUGAAAUCUGGAAGGAGUCUGAAGAUGGGGUACUCGAAAUAUCCAUCAAACUAUAUGUAAAGAAAGACACACAUAUGAAAAUGGUUAUUGGCUCUGGAGGUCAUUUGAUAACCAGAAUAACCCAGGAAGCUGAAAGUGACCUAAUGAAGAUUUUCUUGCGUGAAGUACGUUUAAAAAUCUCUGCAAAGUUGAAGAAGUGAGGUAGACUGUUUGAAUGAUGAAGGCCAGAGGCAGACGGAAACCUGAAAAGAGUUGAGGAAGAGUGAAGAAAUGGACAUGAACUCAAAAUUGGCUGUAUUUUGGGUUGUGCUGUUAGGCUGAUCUCAAGAGACCACCCUCAUUCCUGUAAAAUGAAAUGCAAGUAUAUCAGGCACAUUACAUGGGUUUUCAGUAUCAUUUCAAUGAUCAACUGUAUCAAAUAUGCCUGUGCUGCUUACAUAUAUUGCUGCUUUUGAUUUAUAAAAAUGUCUAUAUAAUAAUAAAAGCCAAAAAUCACGUAGUUCUGUAUUCAUAUGUAUACUUGUUUGCUCUGAGGGUAAGGUUAACUGUUACUCUUUUACUGGAAGGAAGGGUUUACCUUCAGUGUGGUCAGGCUGUUAUCUGUGGUGCAGUCUUGCUGUUUAACUGAAUGUCAUUACACUGACCUGAAAUCACUCAACCGUAAGCCCAGCUCCAGCUCUAACAUGUCAGGAGGGCCACAAGACUCCGAGGGGGUGCACAGUUGGGGUGGUGGCUGGUUGCCAGGGUGGAGCCGGGCCUCCUCAACUGUAGCUGUACACCAUACUAACUGCAGCUUUUGAAUUAUUAACUGUUUUUAGUUAUUUGUAGCUAUGUCUGUAAUAUUGCAGUUAAUAAAUAUGAUCAAUAAUUAAUUUUCAUCGGUUGAGUAAAUUAUUGUAUCAGUUUUAGUCAGUGGUAAAUGUUUUGAGUAAAAAUAAAAUAGUCCGUUCUCAUGGUGCAGGAAUGUCUAUGGUGAAAAAGUGAUGAUCUCUUUAUCUACAGACUGCACAUAAGGAGCUGAAACAAUCGACUCACUUAUUGGCUGCAGAUUUAAUUGUGUAAAUCUCAAUUGUUCGUUUUAUUAUAAUACAAAACCAUUCAAAAGUUUGGGUUCAGUAUAAUUUCAUUUAUGCUCACCAAGGAUGCAUUAAUCUGAUAAUUUUUUAAUUAAUAUUACACUGACCCCAACCUCUGAACAGUUGUGUAUCUCUCUCUCUCUCUCUCUAUCUCUCUCUCUCACUUUUUCUCUCUCUCUGUAAUUCAUUUUGUAAAACUUUUUUUUUUCUUAAAAUAAAUGUAAAUAAUGUAAACUGUCUUUUUUCUUCCACCUCCUUUAAAGCAUGUGGAAAAAGCCAUUUAAAGUUCCCCUGGUUAGACCCUAAGGGGUUAGAUACCUGCUGCUAAAGCAAGUUUCAAAAUGGUGACAAGAUGCACUUAUUACCCUUUUUGCAGUAGGACUGUAUGAGGAAUUAUAUGCUUACCUCUAGCUGGCCUAAAGCAAUGCUAUGUCCCUGGUUCUUUCUCUAGAUCCUGAUACUGGCUAUUACUUUUAUUCCAUUGGCUGUAUCUAAGUUCAUUAAAGUUAAAGCAAAGCUUCUUAUUCAUCAUGUCUUUGGCUCCUAAAAACACAAGUAAGCAUUUUGCCAACUGCAUAUGCUGCCUUUCUCUGUAAAAUUACAGUUAAAAGUAGACUGUAAAAAUAAUGAAACAAAACUUUUUUUUUUUCAUUUAAAUUCAGUGAUAUUUAUUUAAAUUACACACAAUGGCGGUCUCAUGUAACACAUUAUAGGCUAUAAAGUUGUAUAGAAUAAAGAAUUAUUCAGAAUUUCA